AGGACAAGUUGCCGAUUAUAGCAGACACUCACACGGUGUUCCACUCCUUCAUUUUCCCUCCAAAAUUUCCCACGGCCCCCAUCACUCCCCCCACUAUUUUCCCUCCACCUCCAAAAACCCUAAUCUUUCACUCUCUCGCUCCCUCUCUUUCCCCAAUUGAUCGUCUUUCGCUUCUCACUUCCGCAUACUUCCUACCCCACUUUCGAUCGUUGCCAUCAAUUUUUGUUUUUCUUUUUUCGUAUUUUUUCCUUCUGAAAUUUCGAUGCUUUUUUUCUAGGGUUCCGGUGGAUUCUGAUCUGGUAUCCGAUAAGAGUUGAAAUGGGUUCCCUCUGGGACGGCCACGACGAAAUCAAGCCGAUGGAGAAAAACUCACUCGCCGACUGCGCCGAUACCGAGCCCAUUGAUACUCAGAUUUCAAGCCCUUCAUUGUCCGAUGAGAAGGGCAUAUCGAUGGAUGCGGAUGAGUUAGUGCGAGACAUUGUGCCGUCUGAUGAUACUGUUCCAGUUGAAGAUGCAUUUGAAACCCAAAUGGUAGAUUUUGGUGAUGAAACCCAAUUAAUGGAUUUCGCAACCGAAACCCAAGUAAUGGAUUUUGGUGGCGAAACCGAAGUAUUGGAUUUUGGUGGCGAAACCCAAGUAUUGGAUUUUGGUGGCGAAACCCAAGUAUUGGAUUUGGGCGGGGAAACACAAGCGAUGGAUUUCGGUGGUGAAACACAAGCAGUGGAUUUCAGUGGUGAAACACAAGUGUUGGAUGAUAUCAACUGCUUUGCGAACAUGGAGGAUACUCAGUUAUUAGAGUUUGAUGAUGUAGUUGUCAGUGACAGUGAAGAGUCGGAUGCAACUGAAGUUUUGGAUGAUAGUAAGGAUCUAACUGACAAUGAAUCGGUACAGAGAGGUUCUGGUCAAUUAAUGAAUGAGGAGAAUAUUUGCCGCACUCCUUGUGAAAAUAGUGAAAAUGGGUUAACGGAGCAAGCCAAUCAUUUGAUCGACAAGCAACACAAUGCAGGGCUCCAUGUUUCUGCUGCAACACCUGUGGAUGACGGCUCCCCGGAACUGGGACCAGGUUCUGUGCAUAUGCAAUUUACCUCAGUCCAUGCAGCAUCCUUACAGGCCUCCGGUCUAGCAGCUCACAGUACAGCUUUGAAUGGUACCGACAGUGAGUCUCGUUCUGUUCCAAGUAAUAACCAAUCUUUGAAUCAACUUUCCGGGAAAGAUAAUGCAGUAUCUCUUUUAGGGGGUUCGACCAUAGAUGGGGAAGAAGUCAACGAGGAACAUGAUUCAAGGAAUGAGAACAAAUGGAGGACUGGUAGUUCAACAGCGAGAAAACUUUUUACUGAGUAUUCAGAUGCUGAAAACACGGAAAUUUCUCAUAACAGCGCUAGUGAUGAAGAAGCUGAAGAUUUGCUUCAGUUUCCUAGUAAUUUGGCAGGGUUGAGCUAUAUUGACUCUCAAGAACCAGGUGAAUUAUCACAGGCUAAUGCACUUGAUUUUGUGGAUAAAUUCCUCCAAAAUAAUCUUGAUGAGUCUAAUAAAGAAGUUGGCCAUGGAAAGAGUGCAAGGGACAAUUCAAGAUUUGUCUCAAGUGCAAAAGGGCCACAAACUUUGGCCAAGAAAGCCAAUGACAAAAGCAUAGAUAAAGGGAUUUUCGAUUGGGAUGAUAGCCGCGAGGAUGAAGAAGGAGGUGAAUUUUUCCGCCGAAGAAAAGCAGACUUCUUUGAUGGCAGAAGCCAUGGGUGGAGAUCUCUUCCCCAACCCCAGAAGUCCAAAGAAAAAAGACAGGAUGCGGAGAAGGAUCGCAAAAAACAAUUACAAGGAAAGAACAAGAGAAUAAGUGUAGUUCAUUCUGAUUCAAAACUAUUGUUGCAUAAUUCAAAAGUCGACAAGAAGACAGCACAUGAAGAUGAAAUGAAACAUAAAAAGAAUCUCGUCAGUGAGUUUGAUGAACAGUUUAACAAUGACUCCCCUAGAGAGAAGUUGGAUGCUAAUAUUAAUAAGAACGAUGCACCUGAAAUGAUGAAUGUAGGCUUUGAUACUCAAAUGGCAGCUGAAGCUAUAGAAGCCUUGUGUUAUGGCGAAGGGAUUUCCAAUUGUGAUGCUAGUGAUGACUAUCAAGAUGCUCAAGGAAAUCAGAGUUCUCCUGAAAGUUCGAUGGGAGAAAAAUCAAAGAAUAGAACUUGUUCAACGAAACAGUCUUCUCGAAAAAGAGGGCGUUUUACUGAUGCAGGGGUUUCCCGAGAAACUCAACAAGCAAAGAAAAUGAGGGUUGGUGGCAGAUCAAGUAAACAUUCUUCAGUUUCACCUCUGGAAUAUUCUAAGAAUACCAGGAAGGAGUGUGAAACAAAGGUGGUGAUGGCAAAAUCAAAGAAGGGGAAGUCCAAUGCUAUAAAGCUUCUUAACAUCAUUGGGAACAGAAACAUGGAGAAAAUGCCUUCUGUUGCUAUUGACCUAAGAACAGAAGGAUCUAUAAAAAAGCAUUUACGACAGGAUGUUGGUACGUUUACGCCGAUUGCACGUCGAACUAGACGGUCUAUGGUGGUAAAUCAGUUAAAGAAAGCUGACGAUGCAUCCAGUGAUUGUGGAGAAGAGUCAAGCUCUCAAACAGAGGAUGUUGCAACUAGAGAAAAAAUAAUUAGUUUUACAGGUGUUCCGGUGGCUAAUGCGUUGAAUGCAAAAUCUUCAAAAUCGGGUCCCAAUCGAUCCGGAGAAGUUGGAAAUCAUAAACCAAGCCAACAUCAUGGUUCAGAUCUCAAGUUUGAAGCUAUUUGCAAUGGCAUCAAAUUGGAUGCUUUAAGCUUCCCCAAAGGAAAAAGAUCUAGGAGAAAGUUAUCUGAUCAGGUUUAUGGGCCUGAUAACUUAAAUGAUCCACCGACCCCAUCUGUUCAGCCAGACAAAGUUGGACAACGUGUCACUAGGCACACAAGACCGCAGGGUGCUGCUCAAAGCAUUUUUGUUGAUGUAAAGUCAACAAGAAGAACCCGAUCGGCUACACGUGGUGACAAGAAUUGUGCUAGAAAAUUUGCACGUCGAAGUUUAAAAACUGAUCCUUGGAAAGCUCCUCUUCAUUGUAAUUCUUCUCAUAAGGAUGGGAUAAUGAUAUCAGAGAUUACAACUGGUGGAGAGGCAGUUGGAAUUCUUGACAGGGCGAGUGAUGCAAAUCCGUCUUCUGCUACAAAAAUGAGGGAUGAAUCCCCGCUAGGGAAAUGCAAACCACUGGAUUCAGCUUGUGCUACUCCAGUUAACAGUAAGGUGCCUGUCAAUGAUGCAUCUCCAGUUUGUAUGGGUAAUGAAUAUUUCAAACAGUCAUGCAAGAAUACCCCUUCAAGGCCAAGUCUUUUGAAAGAAAUCCGUGACUUAAGUGCAAAUGGGCAUACACCAACUUCAGCAUCAAAGGAUUUAAGGAAGAGGAGAGAUAUGACAGAAGUUCGAGUAUUGUAUAGCCACCACUUGGAUGACUAUGUAAUUAAGCAUCAGAAAAAGAUUUUGGCCCGACUAGGAGUUUCUGUAGCAUCCUCUAUGACAGAUGCCACACACUUCAUAGCAGAUCAAUUUGUGCGUACGAGGAAUAUGUUAGAAGCUAUUGCUGCUGGAAAACCAGUGGUGACGCAUUUAUGGCUCGAUAGCUGUGGACAAGCUAGUUGUUUCAUCGAUGAGAAAAACUAUAUACUAAGGGAUACCAAGAAGGAGAAGGAGUUUGGCUUUAACAUGCCGACUUCGUUGGUACGUGCGUGCCAGCAUCCACUUCUGGAGGGUCGUAAAGUCUUCAUCACCCCAACUACGAAGCCUGGUAAAGAAAUAAUUUCAAGUCUGGUCAAAGCAGUCCAUGGCCAGGCUAUAGAAAGAAUUGGUAGAUCUGUUUUGGAGGCUGAUAAAAUUCCAGAUGAUCUGUUGGUUCUAUCUUGUGAAGAAGAUUAUGAAAUUUGUGUGCCUAUACUCGAAAAAGGAGCUACAGUUUACAGCUCAGAGUUGCUAUUGAAUGGGAUUGUUACUCAGAAGCUGGAGUUUGAAAGGCAUUGCCUCUUCACGGAUCAAGUUAAGAAAACCCGUUCGACCAUAUGGCUAAGGAAAGAUGGCAGUAAGUUCCUCCCUGUGACAAAAAAUAAAUAAGGUCAAUUAUAUUUGUCCAUCUUUUUUUUUUUUUUUUCAAAUAUCUUUCUUCCUUUAUACGGUUAGGCAUUACUAAUUGAGUUUUCUUUUUUAUAUCUUCCCUGUAAGUAUCUCCAUGUUGUAUAUAACCGUACUACUUGCAAAUAUAUGAGAAGGUUUCUUUGUUCUCCCUUUUUUAC